GCUCGCAUCGAAGCUUUGAUCAAGUACCGCCGCGAGAAGGUGAGGCAGCAGAAGGCGAAUGUUAUUCGGGCCUGGCUCACGGAGGAGGAGAUGGCAAAGGACAAGUGGGCAAAGAUCGCCGGUGCAGUCAAGUACUGCACGGCCCGCGGCCUCGUCAAGUGCUUCGGCUGGAAAUGCAAGUACACGGACCAAAACAAGUACCUCGUGGAGGUCGAGGACAGGGUGGACGACGAGACCCUGGAAAGCCUCAGGAUCAUCGAAGAAUGCCAAGCCGCAGCCGGCGAAUUGCCUGACGAUUUCCAAGGCUUCAGCCUGGUUCACGGCAAAAGCUUCGAUCCGGAAGGUGACGAGUGCGGGCAGCAGAAGGAGGAAGGCAAGAUCAAGCUGGAAACCUUUCCGGAAAUCGUGGCCAAUCAAUUGCCACAACGAAUCAAAAAAUACAAAGAU